CACUACGUUUGGUGGCUCAACAACCAGGUCACCGUGCGAUCGAUCGAUUGCUAAUUUAUUUUUUGAAAAGGAAGGGAGGAAAAAAGACCGGGUGUUUGGUGGCGCCACCAACCCUGCUCUCGUGAGCCGAUAAAUAUUGCUCGCCGGAGCUCUCGGUUGACGACCCAACCAAUCGACUCGCACCACCACCAGCAGCUCAAGCAGCAACAGCUCAAACGGAGGAAGAUCUCAUCGCCAUGACGACCGGCAAUGGCGACGCACCGGUGAUCAAGAACGCCCACAGCGACAUCGACAGCACCAACAAGACGCUGCUCAAGAGCGACGCCCUGUACAAGUAUGUCCUGGACACGACGGUGCUGCCACGGGAGCCGGAGUGCAUGCGCGAUCUGCGCCUCAUCACGGACAAGCACCAGUGGGGGUUCAUGCAGUCGUCGGCGGAUGAGGCGCAGCUGCUGGGGAUGCUGCUGAAGAUGGCCGGAGCGAAGAGGACAAUCGAGGUGGGUGUCUUCACCGGCUACUCGCUGCUGGCGACGGCGCUGGCGCUGCCGGAGGACGGGAAGGUGGUGGCGAUCGACCCGGACAGGGAGAGCUACGAGAUCGGGCGGCCGUUCUUGGAGAAGGCCGGGGUGGCGCACAAGGUGGACUUCCGCGAGGGGAAGGGGCUGGAGAAGCUGGACGAGCUGCUCGCCGAGGAGGCGGCGGCGGGGCGCGAGGCGGCGUUCGACUUCGCGUUCGUGGACGCGGACAAGCCCAACUACGUCAAGUACCACGAGCAGCUGCUGCAGCUGGUGCGCGUCGGCGGGCACAUCGUGUACGACAACACGCUGUGGGCCGGCACGGUGGCGCUGCCGCCGGACACGCCGCUGUCGGACCUGGACCGGAGGUUCUCCGUCGCCAUCAGGGACCUCAACUCCAGGCUCGCCGCCGACCCGCGCAUCGACGUCUGCCAGCUCGCCAUCGCCGACGGCAUCACCAUCUGCCGCCGCCUCGUGUGAGGUCGAGACCGAGACCUUACCGGCCGAUCCAUCCAUCGCUCUCGCGUGAUUAAUUAACGUGUGUUGCUGUACUCUUCUACUGCUACAACUAUACUAUUACUUCCUUAAUUGCCGCUUAAAUUUUCCUAUACGUGUUUCAAUCAAUGAGAUUAUUAUAUUCUUCGAGCAUGAGAGAGACGGAGUUGUAGGGACAUUUGAUGAUGGUUGUUACUGUACUACAUGUUGAUAAGUGCAACAUCUCUUUCCAUGGUUGCUACUCUA